CGCCAGGGCGGCUAGGCUUUGGUGGCCAUGUUAGGUUCGGGCAAGGUCUUCACAUCCGAGCUCGCUUCCGCUACCCCUCUUCCGGCUGCGGGCAGCUGGGGCAGCUCGUGCAGUCGAGGGAGUCGCGCUCCGCAGGACAGCCCCGCGGGCGCGCGUGACGCUGCCUCAGCCGUGACUUUUGAAGCGGGGGUCCCCGUGUUUGCUGUGACAUGCUCCCGGCGUGGCAGUGCUGAUGGCCGGUGACGGACGGGGCGUGAAGGGGAAGCCCGGAAUGUCUGGGAAGAGGCCGCUGGGCUGGGGCGGGCAGCGCCUGCUGCUGGGUCUGCUGGUGGCCGUGGCCGCCGCCCACCUGGCCGCCUGCCCCUACACCAAGGUGGAGGAGAGCUUCAGCCUGCAGGCCACGCACGACCUGCUCUUCCACCGGCUGGACGUGGAGCAGUACGACCACCUGGAGUUCCCGGGCGUGGUUCCCAGGACAUUCCUCGGGCCCCUGGUGAUCGCGGUGCUGUCCAGCCCCGCGGUCUGCGUGCUCUCGCUGCUGGGGUCGUCCAAGUUCUACUCUCAGCUGACAGUCAGAGCGGUCCUCGGACUUGGAGUGGUUUCCGGACUCUGGACUUGGCAGAAGGAAGUGCGGCGGCAGUUUGGGGCCACGGCGGCCACCGUGUUCUGCUGGGUGACGGCCACCCAGUUCCACCUGAUGUUCUACUGCACACGGACACUCCCCAACGUGCUGGCCCUGCCCGUGGUGCUGCUGGCCCUCACGGCCUGGCUGCAGCGGAGGUGGGCCCGCUUCAUCCGGCUCUCGGCGCUGGCCAUCCUGGUCUUCAGGGCCGAGCUGAGCCUGCUCCUGGGCCUCGUGCUGCUGCUGCUGCUCUACACCCGGCGGCUGACCGUGGCCAGGGCCCUGCGCUUCGCUGUGCCCGCCGGCCUGCUCUGCCUCGGGCUGACGGUGGCUGUCGACUCGUAUUUCUGGCGCUACCUCGUGUGGCCGGAAGGAACAGUGCUCUGGUACAACCUCGUGCAGAACAAAAGCUCCAACUGGGGGACCUCGCCGCUGCUGUGGUACUUCUACUCGGCCCUGCCCCGCGGCCUGGGCGCCAGCCUGCUCUUCGUGCCCCUGGGCCUCGUGGACCGCAGGGCCCUGGCGCUGCUGCUGCCGGCCCUGGGCUUCGUGGCCCUGUACUCGCUGCUGCCGCACAAGGAGCUGCGCUUCAUCAUCUACACCUUCCCCCUGCUCAACGCCGUGGCCGCCCGGGGCUGCGCCUACCUGCUGAACAACUACCGGAAGUCGUGGCUGUACAAAGCGGGGUCCCUGCUCGUGGUCGGGCACCUUGUGGUGAACGCCGCCUACUCGGCCACGGCCCUGUACGUGUCCCACUUCAACUACCCCGGGGGCGUGGCCAUGCGGACGCUGCAUGAGCUGGUGCCCCCCCAGGCAGGCGUCGUCCUGCACAUCGACGUGGCCGCCGCGCAGACGGGCGUGUCCCGGUUUCUGGAGGUCAAUGGCGCCUGGAGGUACGAGAAGAGGGAGGACCUGCGGCCCGGGGCUGAGCGCGCGCUGGCCUACACGCACCUGCUCGAGGAGGCGGCCCCCGAGCGCCUGGCCCUCUACCGGGACACACACCGGGUGCUGGCCAGGGUCGCGGGCACCACCGGGGCGAGUCUGAACCUGACCCGGCUGCCUCCCUUCAGCGUCCACCUGCAGACAAAGCUGGUGCUUCUGGAGAGACUCCCGAGGCCCUCCUGAGGGGGCCACACGGUGUUCCCGGGCUCCUCCAGCAUCCGGCACAAGGCAUCAGCAGGGCAGCAGCCCUGGGGCCACGGCACGCUUCCCGCCGGGCCUGAGGGGCCGGCCGCGCCUGCCGGCCGCAGCGCCACACACCGCCAGUGGGGGCGAGGGCCCCGGGCACAGUCUCGGGCCCGGCAGGCUCCUGAGCUGCUGCCAGCCCCCCGUGCGGUCACGGGACAGGGUCCACCUCAGGGGCGUUUCAGGAUGCACACGUGUUCAGACGGGACGAGAAUUAAAGUUUGUAAGCCUUUCCUUAUCA